CGCUUCCCAACGGUCGCGCCAGCCGAACCGCCUCCCGCGCCACCCGCUGGCCACUGACCGCUCGGGCUCCGGCCGCCGGGGCCCACGCGUCGGCGGCGGUGGCCGGAGAGUAUUUUAGCUCCGGGGGCCUGGGGGCAUCCCGAACCCAGAACCCUAGUGGGGGGACCCGUCACCGCGCCGGCCAUGGGCAAGGGCAAGAAGGCCAAGCGCGGCGCCGCCAUGGCUGACGCUGACGCCGACGAGAUCAUGCCUUCGGCCGACGGGGGGGAGCUGGAGCAGGCUCCGCCGCCGGAGCCCGCGGCCAACGGGGGCGAGGCACCACCGGCUCCGGCCGCGCCCAACGGGACGGCGGCGGCGGCGGCGGCGGGGCGGGGCUCGUCGCCGGAGCGGGACGGCGGGGAGGCGGGGAGGCUCAGGCGCCUCAACGACCUGCUCGCCGCGAGGGCCAAGGAGGAGCGGGGGCGGGCGGCGGCGCUCGAGGCGCGGCUCGGCGAGGUGGAGGCCGACGCGGCGGCGCUCGCGGAGGGGGAGCGCGUGGCACUGCGCGCGGCGCUCGCGGCGCCGCUCCGGGCCGCGGAGGCGGAGCGCGCGGCGCUGGGGGCGCGCCUCGCGGCGGCGCGGGAGGCGCUCGGGCGCGCCGAGGCGGGGGCGGCGCGCGAGGCGCGGGCGCGGGCCGAGGCCGCGGCGGGGCUGGAGGCGGCGGCCGCGGAGAAGGCCGCACUCUCGGAGCGGCUGGGCGCCAAGGACGCCGAGGCGGCGGCCGCGGCCGCGAAAGCCGCCGGAUUGGAGGCAGCGGUCGCCGGAUUGGAGGCGGAGCUCUCCGACCUGCACGCGGAGAGGGGCCGGUUGGAGGAGCAGUUGGAGGCGGCGAGGGCGUCGGCGAGGGCUGUCCAGGCCCAGAAGGUGGAGGUGGAAUCAAGCUUCAACGAGUUCAAGAGGAACGCAGAGGAAGCAAAGCAGGGGAUGGAGGAGAAGCUCCAGGAGAAACUGAAUGAAUUGGAGGCUCUGCAAUCAAGGAAGGAGGAAAUGGAGGCGAAGGUCGGUUCUCUGGAGGCGGCGCUCUCGGCGGCCAUUGCUAGGAACAGCGAAUUGGACUCGGAGGUGGAUGAAAUGAAGAUGGAGGUGCUUGCUGCAAGGAAGGAGGUGGAGAAGCUCCAAGCCGAGGUUGCAGAGGCGGGUGAGAAGCACAGCUCGGCGGUAGCGGAAGUAUUUAGGCUCCGGAGUAAGAUUGACAAGGUGGUGAAGGCGAAUGAGGCUGAUGCAGCGGCGCAUGAUAUUGAGAAGAAAAGGUUGGAGUCUGAAUUGGAGGUUCUGAAGGGGGAGGUUGGCCGGAUCCAGGCCGAGAAGGAUGCUUCUUUGGGAAUGGUCCAUGCUAAAGAUGCUGAGGUUGGAGAGUUGAGGGAUGAAUUGAAGAAGCUCCAUGGUUCGAUGGCCGAUCUCCAUACUCUCUGCAGUGAUCUUAAGGGGAAGUCUUCCUCCCUGCAAGAUGAAAGGGAUUCAGUUCUGAAAGCACUCGAAAAGCAGAAAGCUGAGGCAGAUGAGCUGAGGUUGACUCUUGGGGAGCUUGAUGUCUGUAAUGGUGAGAAGGAUCGUGAGAUUCAGACACUGAAGGCAGAAGUUGAGGGCAAGGGGAUCGAAAUCAGUCACUUGAACGGGGAUCUUGAGCAGCUGCAGCUUGCAGUUGCCGAAGCACAGCGCAGGGGGAAGAAUGAGGUCUGGAGAUGGCUGGGCCCAGCUACCACCUCCGUGUUAGCAGCUGCUUCCUUUGUCUACGCCGCCCGUAGUCGGUGAACAGCUAGCUCUUUUACUUGCUUUUUGUUCACUUCCUCGAGUAUGAAUUACUCAGAAUAACCAGGCUUCCUACUCAUGACAUGGUGACACUGCACCUUACUAUGAAAUAAAGCUAUUUUGGGGCAACUUUGUUUGCAUCUGUUGCUCAUUGGUCAA